AUGCCUUCCGCUAUCGAGCCUAUCCCGGCUACAAACAGCUCUUCUGGAGCUGCUAACUUCACACAAGCCUCUGGAAGACCUUCACUUAGACCUAGUGCAAGCACCAAGGGGGAUAGUCGCCGCCAAUCUGGCAGCCCUAGUGACGGUGGUCAACGGCGCACAAACUCCCAGAAGGCUUGGACUCAAGGCACAAACCCCAUAACGCAACGCGCCUCAUACUCCCAAUCCAACGGAAAUAUGUCUAAGCACCAGUCUGGAUCCCCUCGGCCAACACAAAAGGAGUCAAUUACCGCCGACAGCCCUGUUCAUGACCGCCUUGCUCGUUUGAUCUCUUCAUUCACUGGUCUGCAGACAACCAUCACGACGAAAACUGGCGAUAAGUUUACCGGCAUUUACUCCUUUUCGGCACUAGAAUCAAGUGACACCUCGUUCCUUCUGAAGAUGGUCCGUAACUCUUCAGAGUCUAAUGCCAAAUCGAACGGCCUUAGUGAGUCCAUCAGCCCGUACCUCGGCACAGCGCCAGACCACAGUAUGUCAUUUGAAACGAAAGAUAUCGUGGAUUUCUCUGUGUCUGACGUUGCACCGACUGAGGUGGCGAUGAAAGAAUCUAAUGGGUCCGCUGGAUUUAGAACCGACAGUGAUAUCUCCGGAAAUCUUGCGAUGCGAGAGCGUACUUUGCAGCGCUGGCAACCCGCCGAGACCGAUCAUGACCUCUCACUGGAGAGUGCCCCUGGUGAUAACGCAGGAUGGGAUCAAUUUGAGGCGAACGAGCGCCUCUUCGGCACCCGAACCAACUAUGAUGAAAAUAUCUAUACAACUCGCCUGGACCGCUCAGAUCCCGCUUUCCGCCAGAAACAGGUAGAGGCCACUCGCAUUGCUCGCGAGAUUGAGGGCAACCAAGUUGAAAACCCUCACAUGCGGGAAGAAAGAGGUCUAGCCUCCGACGCAGGUGAUGAGGAUGAAGAAGACAAGUACAGUGGUGUCCGUCGUGAGAACAAGGCAUUCCCACCUCUCCUCUCUGGACAGCCGAACAAAUACACUCCACCAGGCCGUCGCCAGGUCGCGCCUCAACCCGCUGCUCCGAAGUCGGCAUCGGCAGCUGUAGCUUCUGCCCCAGUGCCUCCCCAGGCUGUCAAGGAGAUUCCCUCAGAGGAGAAUCCCCAAAUGACGAAGACCAAUAUUGAGAAGACCACCCUGGGAAAGACAGCACUACCAGCUGCCCCCAAGCGGACUCCAGAGAAUGCAACUGCCAAUGUCGAGACAGAAGUCUUGGAUCAGUUCCGCCAGUUUUCCGCCAGCGAGAAGUUGAGGGUGGCGGAGCGUCGCCGCAAUCAGGUAUCGCAUGACCGAACCAUCAAGCUGAACGAGUUGAUGAAGUUUUCCAAGAAUUUCAAACUCUCAACCCCCGUUCCCAAAGAUCUUGUGCCCAUUCUAGCCAAAGACCCCCACAAGCAAGAGGCAAUCAUUCAGCGGGGCCAACAGUCCGUGGAUGAUACAUCGCCUCCCAAUACUGCAGCUCAAGUUCCGGAUCAGAAACCACCAGUUCGUGCUAGCGGACCCAAUGGCCUAUUGCCCCCCACUGCUCCCUCCGAUCGCCAGAAUUUCGCUCGUGGUCGCCAGGGAUAUCCCCCAACUGGCCCUCUCGCAGGACCUGGCGGUAAACUCCCCCAACAGCCCAUGCAGCAAGGUCGUCCGGGCACAGGUAUGCUCGGUAACCGGCUAGCAGAUAAUCUUCAACAGCGCAAGGGUGCAGCUGCCUCAGCCACUGGUGCAGGUCAAGUCGCUCCUUCUUUACCCAUCCAAGAAGCCCGGGCCCCACCUACCGGCCCUGCCAGUGACCAGUUGAGAGUGACUAGUCCUGCGAAGACACAGGCUGCCACAGCCACCACGCAACCCAAGUUCAACGUUCGUGCUAUGGAGUUCAAACCCAACCCCACCGCUAGCACUUUCACUCCUGGUGGCGCCCCCGCUCCCGUAGCCGGUCCCGCCGCCAGCCGCCACCAAUCUGUGUCUCGUGUGGCAAACCCAUCUACCUUCUUUGGUGCCCGCAAGCCAAGGCCAGCUUCGGAAAGACCUGCCUUCAGUGAUGGAUUCAAUCCCAUCAAACGUAUGAAGAAAGAAAGUCUGGAGGCGGCGCAGAAGAAGGACAAGGAUAAACCCCCCUUCCCCUUCAACGGAGGCAUCCCUUUUCCGUACAGCACUUUCCCAACUUGGGAUAUUCCUAAGGGCAAUGAGGAAAAGACCUUUGAUCAGGCUUUCAAGCACCCUAGCCCUGGUUCAUCGAUUUCUCCUCAGAGUCGGACUGGUUCAAACAACCCCAACAUCCCCCAGCAGCACAUCCCAUUCCCGUACCCUCAAGGCAAUCCAGGGAUGCAACCCUCUUCUGGUCCCCCCAAUGGGCCGAUGAUCAACCACCCUCAUGGUCAUCAAGGUGAUGACCAUCGAAUCCACGGAAAUCCAGCUUCCGCACAAGGUGGUUUCCGAUCCCCGCGCAUGCUCAACAACCACGCCGGAUACCCUUCAGUCCAGCCGGGAAUGUCCUUCGGACAGCCGCCAUUUUACGGGGGACCCCAACCCAACCACAUGAGGCAUCCUUAUCAAGGCGGUCCUCAGUUUAUUGGCCCACCAGGCUCCAUGGGCGCACCCAUGAUGGUACAAAACCCCUCGAACGGACCUUACAUGAAUGUUCCCCAGGGAAUGCCUUACAAUGGACAGAUGCAAAUGCCCAUGUAUUCACCUUCCCCGGGACAUGCCUACCCCCACGUGCCUCAACCUCAGCCACAGAGCGGAUAUCCCAGCCCAAGCCGCGGUGGUGCACCCAUGAUGAUGCAUCAAAAUUCGCAGUCCGACCACCCCCAGCCAAUGAUGUUCAUGUCCCCUGGCCAACCUGGAUAUGGACAACCGCAUAUGCCUCCCGGCGGCCGCGGUGGUCACCCCCAUUUCCCUUCUAGCCCACACCAAGUUCAUCAUGUCCCCCACAACCAACACCGAGGUAACGGCUUUAAUCAAGUGCCUCAACUUCCCCCUCAUAUGCCGUCUCAUACUCCUUCCAACUCCGGCCCUACCCCGCAAACCGCGGGGAAUAGUACCGACGAAGCCAAAUGA